CACUGUGAUUGGUUUGUUCUGUGAAGCCCCGCCCCCGGUCAGUGGACCCCUGAGUCACUAAAGCAGAGGCUGAGAUGCUGUGUGUGAAUCAGAAACAACACCAAGUUACCUGUGCAAAACUCUAGUGCUGCUGCGGUCAGCAUGCUGCUGGAUAUACUCCUCGUCCUUCAUCUCCAGGUGCUAGUCGUAGCAUCUUCAUCCUCCGCUGAGGAAGAAGAGAGCAGUGAGAGGGAUGCCCAACACAGUAAAGGUUCUUCUCAUCAGCAGCACUGGGGUUACCAUGAUCAGGACGCCUGGUUAUCUGCGUUUGAACACUGCAAUGGAAAAUCUCAGUCUCCGAUCAACGUAGACACUCAUAAGGUUUCCUUUGAGUCCAGACUGCCUCGGGUUAAACUGGAGGGGUACGAUCUGACCGACUCUCACACUCUUACCCUCAUCAACAACGGACACACACUGCAGCUGAGUCUGCCGAGCAGCAUGCGUAUCACGAGGGGAUUCGAUCAGGUUUACGUCGCAGCCCAGCUUCACUUCCACUGGGGAACUAAAGAGGUCCCUGGCUCAGAGCACACCAUAGAUCAUGUUCAUUUCCCUGCCGAGAUCCACGUGGUUCAUUAUAACUCCAAAUACUCAAGUCUGGCGGAGGCUGCCAGUAAAGCGGAUGGACUGGCAGUGUUAGGAGGAUUCAUAGGUAUUGGCCUUCAUGACAAUGACAACUAUGAGAAGAUCCUGUCUGCAUUAUCAGACAUCAGCAUAGAGGAGUCAGACACUGAGAUUCCUGGGUUUAAUGUGCGUCAUCUUCUGCCGGACAGCCUGGACAGGUUUUAUAGGUACAGCGGGUCGCUCACGACCCCUCCGUGCUUUCAGACGGUCAGCUGGACUUUGUUCAACGACUCCAUCAGAGUCUCAAGAAGACAGCUGGCAGCUUUGGAGGACACACUGAAAACUGAACACAACAAGCUUUUGUCCAAAAACUUUAGAGCUCCACAGCUUCUGCAUGGGAGAAAAGUGCUGGCAUCUUUCCACACAGGAUCCACUCCAAGAAUAGUCGGUGAAGCUCCAUCUGAAACACAGGAUAAUAAUAUAAUGGAAUCUAACGGACAAAUUCUGGCAAUUAUCUUUGGGGUUCUGUUUGCUGUCACAUUGCUGGUCUCCUCUGUGUACACAUAUCGACAGAGAAAAAAAUACUCAAAGUUUAAAAAAGACUCUAAGCAAAAUGUUAUUUAUAAACCAGCUGCCGUUGAAAAAGACAAAGAUCAAACCUCUGUUACUGUAUCAUAAACCACAUAUUUAUCCAGAAACUUGUUUUGUCUUGUUUGAGUAAGACUUUGAAAGAAAUUGUUUGCAAAUUAGUAGAAAUGGCUGCAUACAGUAAUGUAAUAUGUUAUUACAUACCUGGGAAAAAAAGCCCAAGCCCAAAAUGAGUAAACACUAAGCUUUUAAUUGUCUUUACCACAAAUUAUUGGUCAGGAAAUGAGUAAAAUGUAAGCAAAUGCACUACUUAAAAACCUACUGCCGUCUCAGAAAGACAUCAAAGACAGAAUGAGGUUUUUGUCAGAACAUGAGACGUUUGAUUCAGAGGAGAGCAGAGAUUUGUGGACUGAUGAAUCAUGAUAAAUCAUGAGCCGUGGUGAUGCAGCAGAGAUCUGGGGAGAGAUAUGAUGAUGAUAUAUCUCUAGCACAGCAAAGCAUGGAGGAAGACAUGUCGGUGUGAGGAGCUGAUCUCUGUGAAAACUCAAUAAAUGCAUUUACAUUAGGCGGGGGUUUGACUUACAUUUGGGGGAUACAUAAAGCCAUUCUGCUUAAAGAGGCAAACCGACACAGGAAGUGCUCAUAUUACCAAGUCUUAGACAUUGUUAGACAUAGUACAAGCUAGAAAAAGAAGUAAUAAAUAAAGAGAAAGUUUUUUUUUUCUUUUGUCCAUGAAGCCAAGUAGCUUCGAAAGAGAUUAGUUUUUAGCUGUCGCUUGAGAAUUAUAAGAGAUUCCUGAUAGUGGUGGGAAGAUCAUGCCACCAGCCAGGAACGGUGAAGGAGAAUGUUCUGGAAAGUGAUUUUGAGCCUCUGUGAUGGUACUACGAGGUGUCGCUCACCAGCAGAUCUGAGACUUCUGGAGGGGAUGUAGACACGUGAUAGUGAGUGAAAGCAGGAGGGUGCUGAGUCUGUGGCUGUUCCUAUAUGCAAGCGUCAAUGUCUUGAGCCGGUAGCCAGUGUAAGGAGAUAAAGUGAGGUGUAACACGGGCUCUUUUGGGCUCAUUGAAGACCUGUGGUGCCACUGCGUUCUGAAUCAUUUGUAGAGGUUUGAUUGUGCUUGAUGGAAGUCCAGCCAGAAGAGCAUUGCAGUAGUCCAGCCUAGAAAUGACCAGGCCCUGGACAAGAAUAUGUGCAGCAUGCUCCGUUAGGAAAGGCCUGAUCUUUCUGAUGUUGUGCAAGAUUGAGCAGUCUUAGCAAUGUGGUCUUUAAAGGUCAGCUGGUCAUCUAAGAUUACACAGAGAUUUCUAACCAAAGUUAAUGGGGGUAAUUGCAGAAUAACCUAGCUGGAAAUAUAUAUAUAUCCAUAUAUGGUCAUUUUGGUUGAUGACCAGUAUGACCAAACAAACAACACCUGAGGGUUAAAAAACCAAAAGGGGAAGGCUAAGUAACAUCCUAAGAUACUAUAUGUGUGCAGUUUUUGCUAAGUUUCUGACCAGUGAUUUGUGAUUAAAAUGAUUAAGACCAUUAAAAUUACUAAUGUUAUGUCAGGUUUGAUAUUGCCCACUUUUUCAUUUUUUUAUUUUCUUUUUUGCCCUGUGUGUAUGUGUCUGCAUUUUUUUUGUACAUAAAUGUCAAAAAAAAAAAAAAAAAACAUUUUUUAAAUUUUGUCUUAUUAAUACAUUCACCUACAAGAUGUCUAUAAUGGUUUUCUAACAGUAUCUGAGCAGAACCUAGUUUAGAUAUAGACAGACCCAGAUAGUAACCACCGCCUCUCUCUCCAGUCAGACUUCAGAUACUAUACUUGAGUCUUGACACAAUUUCAAAAUUGUAAGUGUAUAAUGACUCCGUGAAGCCAUGUUGUUUUGAGUCUAUGUCAGAACAGACUGUUAUUUACUGCACGAAACACGGUCCAGAACACUAAACAUUCACACGCAGACUCCUGUCAGCACCAGCAAUGUUCGAGAUCAUUAAACUUUGAAUUUGGAAAAGC